AUGACUACAGCCACCACAGCCCUCGCCAUCGGGGAACCGCAGCCCAUGCACAACGCCAACCACAUCUUCAACGCCAUCCACUCCUCUAUGCGACAGUGGGGAUCGUCACUCCAUCAUAAUGGAAUGUCCUUUUUUCUUGCCUCCGUUCCGAAGGGAGUCAAGCUCUACCACGGGGAUGCACGCUCAGACCCUAUCUCCAGGAUAGGCUGGAUGGCUUUCGACCCCGAGCAUGCGAUGGUAUUCGCUCGCCCUCCUUCCAAAUUACCAUCUCACGGCAUGGACUCCGAGUCGCAGCAAGUGAUGAUUACCCCAGCUGAGACUGGUUGGCUUCACACCUACGCGACCACGGGAGACCUUCGACUCGUUUACAUCGACGGUACGUCGGCAGGAAAGUCCCAAAUAGGCACCCUGGACCUGCAGGACAGAGUCCUUUUCGAAGAUAAACUGGAGCCAGGAGGCGUAAGCCAAGAGUCAGCGCGCGCUCAGGCAAUCUGUGAAAUUGCCCAAGAGGAAUGGAAUGGACGUAUCGACGGUGUGAUCCGCAUGGCGGCUGGGUUUGAGAUCAUUCUGUGCAACCCGGAACAGAAUCUGGAGACAGUGACCAUCGCACGAGUCACUCUUCCCAGCCGGGAUCCCGGAAAGAAGAGCGGCAAACCUAGUGACUUGCUCCGGACUGUCACGUCCAGGUAUCAUGGCAUUGGCGGCGACCGAGUCAUUGUCAACUAUGACGCUUUCGUCACUGCCUAUGACUAUGGUCUUGAUUUGUUUCCCGGCGGUAGCAAGCAUCCGCGGCUUGCGCAUCUCCCUGCUUCGUCGCUUGCGCCUAUUAGAGAUGAUUUGACGGCCCUGGUAAUGACUCACAAUCCAACAAUACGGGUGAUAAACUGGCAAGCAGUGGCGGACAUGGUGGUUGAGAAAUACGGUCGCAUUCUCCGCGGAUUAGUAUCCGCUCAACAUGAUGAUCAGGCUGCUCAUCUGGAGUUUGUUGUGGAGGCUGCGGAGCGUAUAUUAUCUCCUUUUGUCGAUCGCGACAAUCGUGAUUACUACGCGGAGAUUGACCGCUGCGCUAGCCAGUUCAUUCCAGUUCAUGCACCUAAGAAUUCUCUGGGCUACCGGUCUGUCUAUACUGUUAGCAGCAGGAUCUGCAGCAGUCUUAUGGCAGUCAUGGAGGCUGAGGAAUACAGUACAGCGACAAAUAUUCUGCAGGAACUAAUGCAUUAUCUUGACUGGAGUGUUUGGAAAGAGUGUUCUGGGUGCCAGGAUGAUGAAUUUUGCGCUGUUCCUAUCUGGCCACAGGGAUCACAGGAAGAUUAUGAUCACCCACGAUGCCAGAAGUUUGACAGUGCAUUUCAAGGGGACAAUGACUACUGGGGUCCUGUAUGGCACUGA